CCUUUCAUUCCAUUCAUGCACCACAUUUCGUAGAUAAUGAUCACCUUUUGGUUUGUGCAUAAAUAGGCCCUUUUCGAAACCCAUUUUCUUGUACCCCUUAACUUUCAACUUUCCAUUUCCAUUUUCUUGCUAUUAGCUCUCUAUAUCACCCCAAAAAAUGGCUUCCUUUCUAGGUCAUCUUAAGUCUUUCUUCCAUCCACCAUUGCUCAACUCCUUGAUCCAUGACGAUUUCCAUGAAGUCGUAUCCAGGAUGUCUUUCAUCGACAAAUUUCUUUUUCUCAUCAUUCACACGGCGGAUAGGCUAGGGAUUUUGUGGCAUCGUUUGCCGGUGUUCUUGGGACUUUUCUACUUAGCGAUUCGCCGGCACCUGCAUCAGCAGUACAAUUUGUUCAACGUCGGAAAAACUCCGGCCGGCGUUCGGUUCAACCCGGUUGAUUUCCCUUACAGAACCGCAAAUGGAGAAUACAAUGAUCCCUUCAACGAAGGUGCCGGCAGUGAAGAUUCUUUCUUUGGCAGGAACAUUCUUCCAGUUGAUCAGCGUUCUAAGCUGCUGAAGCCAGAUCCAAUGGUGGUAGCUACAAAACUUUUGGCUCGUAGAAAGCUGAUUGACACCGGAAAGCAAUUCAACAUGAUCGCUGCUUCUUGGAUUCAGUUCAUGAUUCACGAUUGGAUUGAUCAUCUAGAAGAUACCCAGCAGAUUGAGCUCACUGCUCCAGCUGAAGUUGCAAGUCAAUGCCCUCUAAAAUCAUUCAAGUUUUACAAGACAAAAGAAGUUCCCACAGGUUUUUACGACAUUAAAACCGGUCAUCUGAACCGCCGAACACCCUGGUGGGAUGGAAGUUCAAUAUACGGGAGUGAUGAGAAAACCUUGCAAAAAGUGAGGACAUAUAAGGAUGGGAAGCUGAAGAUAUCGUCAGAUGGACUUCUUCCUCAUGAAAGCGACGGCCGGCUCAUCUCCGGCGACGUUCGCAACAGCUGGGCUGGAGUUUCGACGCUGCAAGCACUCUUCGUCAUGGAGCACAAUGCUGUCUGCGAUGCUUUGAAGAAGGAACAUAGAGAUCUUAGUGACGAGGAAUUGUAUCGUCACGCAAGGUUGGUGACCGCGGCUGUUAUUGCCAAAAUCCACACCAUUGAUUGGACUGUUGAGCUCCUCAAAAUGGAUACUUUAUACGCAGGAAUGCGAGCCAAUUGGUAUGGGCUGUUGGGAAAGAGGUUCAAGGAUACUUUUGGACACGUUUUUGGACCCGUCUUGAGCGGUCUUGUUGGCAUGAAGAAGCCUGAAAAUCAUGGUGUUCCUUACUCCUUGACUGAAGAAUUUGUGAGCGUUUACCGAAUGCACUCCUUACUACCUGAUAACCUUCUCCUCAGGGACACUAAUGUUGCUCCUGGCCCAAACAAAUCGCCACCUGUAUCCAAAGAAGUUCCAAUAUCUGAUUUGAUCGGGAUACCUGGAGAGAAAACCCUAUCUGAAAUCGGAUUCACAAAACAAAUAGUGUCAAUGGGUCAUCAAGCAUGUGGAGCCCUUGAGCUCUGGAACUAUCCCGAAUGGCUUAGGGAUCUUGUUGCUCAAGAUAUCGACGGCAAAGAGAGACCCGAUCACGUUGACCUCGCUGCCCUUGAGAUUUAUAGGGACAGGGAAAGGAAUGUGGCAAGAUACAAUGCUUUUAGGAGAGCCUUAUUUUUACUACCCAUUUCCAAAUGGGAAGAUCUUACGGAUGAUAAAGAAGCAGUCAAAACUCUGAAAGAAGUGUAUGGUAAUGACGUGGAGCAGCUGGACCUCCUGGUUGGGCUCAUGGCCGAGAAGAAAAUCAAAGGAUUUGCUAUCAGCGAGACUGCUUUCAUCAUUUUCACUAUCAUGGCAUCAAGGUACACGUUCCCUUGUUUAAUUUCGGAAAAUUUUUAGAUUUGAAUAUUUGUUUCCCUAUGAACAUAUUCACGUUGACCAAACCACAGAAAUCUUGUACCCCUGAAUCUCAAAAAUUAUUGUCCAGUUUAGAUUUUCACUUUUAGUUCAAUUUGUAGUAAAGUUGAAAACUUAAACUGGGCAAUAAUUUUGAAACGGGGGAGUAUUCGGUUUCUAUUUUGACUUUUACUAUUAAUAAACUGUAACGGUAUUUAUAACGAAAACGGAAAAAAAAAAAAACACAAUAUCCUGUCUUUCUUAAUGGAAAUUGGGAUUUGAUGGUGUUUUUUUUAAAAAAAUUUAUUUUUCAGGAGGCUUGAGGCAGAUAGGUUCUUUACAAGCAGCUUCAAUGAGGAAACAUACACAAAGAAAGGGUUGGAAUGGGUGAACACAACUGAGAGCCUAAAAGAUGUGUUGGAUCGACACUAUCCAGAGAUGACCAAGAGAUGGAUGAAUUCAAGCAGCGCCUUCUCAGUUUGGGAUGCUCCCCCAAAUGCUCCAAACCCUAUCCCACUUUACCUGCGUGUUCCUCAGUGAAAAUCAAAAUCAUUGUUAUUAUUGUGCUCUCUGUUGAUAUAGUUUUGAAUGUACGUAUAAAGUUCUCGAGAUCCGCCACCUUAUUUGAAUUGGGAUAAGUGUAAGGAGACGCUAGUAUAUAUCCUUGUAGCUGGUGGAUUUGAACUUUUCUUUGUUUGGAAUCUCGUUAUGUUCAGUUCAUCAUGUAUGUGUAGACCUUUUCGUAUUUUUGUUAUUUUUUUAAAAAACAAAAUGAUGUUCUUGUUAUUCUUUUUAGUGUUAAUGUUAAUAACAUCAUGAGAUUUAAUUGAUUA